UAGCAGUCGCAGUCUUGAGAUCACGAGCGAUACCAAUCCUUUGCCGGUCGGGCUCAGGCAGCUCUUUGAACUGUGCCGCACUUGCUCAGGUCAGCUCCAGGAAAGGUCACGCCGAUAUAGUUAUCGCCGACAGCUCACACCUGAGGGCACCAUGAGAGCUGCUUCCGCGGCAGUCGUCUGCGCAGCACUGGCGCAGCUCGGCGCGGCAUCGACCUGUGGCGCGAAGGGCACGGACGACACCCCCUGGGCGUGGGGCAGCCAGCGCGUCUACGGGGGACAGGAGGCCACGAGCUGCGAGUGGCCGUGGCAGGUCUCCCUCCAGAGCUCCAGCGGGCACUUCUGUGGAGGGACGCUCAUCGCACCGAACUGGGUCUUGACGGCCGCCCACUGCUUCCCUCGUUCUUCGUUCUGGGUCGUCGCAGGCCUUCACAGCCAGUCCCAAUCGGACACGGUGGGAGUGCGACUGGAGGUGCAGCACGUGCACACCCACCCAAACUACGUCAACUGGGACCAGGGCUACGAUUACGUCCUCUUGGAGUUGGCCGAUGCGGCGCCCUUGAACGACUGCAUCGGCCUUGCGUGCUUGCCGACGGAGGACAUCGGUGCCGGUGAAGAGUGCUUCGCCACUGGGUGGGGAAAGGUCGACGGAGGGAGCGUCCCUGACUUGCUGCAGGAGGGUGGGGUGACAACAUGGACCAACACAGAUUGCCAGGCUCAAUGGGGCCAGUCAGGGAUGACGAUCACCGAUGACAUGCUUUGCGCACAGGGCUCCAACGGUGGGUUGGUAACCGACAUAUGUCAGGGGGACAGCGGAGGGCCGAUUGUCUGCGCUUCAGGCGGCAGCUACUUCCUUCACGGCGUUGUGUCGUGGGGAGCUGCUUCAUGCGGCGUGCAGAAUUUCCCCGGAGUUUGGAGCAGGGUCACCUAUGCAAGCGAUUGGAUGGCUGGGUUGAUGGGAGAUUGGACGGUGCCCCCGACGCCAUCGCCCGCACCGACGGCUACGCCGACAGCAACACCGACCGCACUCCCAACAGCAGCACCGACAGUUGCGCCUACUGCGGCACCAACGAUGGCGCCGACCGCAUCCCCAUCAUCAGCACCCACAAGUGUGCCGACUGUAGCACCGACAGAAGCACCGACCGCUUCCCCAACAGCAUCACCGACCGUUGCGCCAACGUUUUCACCGACCGCUUCCCCAACAGCGGCACCCAGCAGCACCGACAGCUGCGCCAACAGCAGCACCGACAACUGCGCCGACUGCAGCACCAACGGUAGCGCCGACCGCUUCCCCAACAGCAGCACCGACAGUUGCACCGACUGCUGCACCAACGGAGGCGCCGACCGCUUCCCCAACAGCAGCACCGACAGUUGCGCCGACUGCAGCACCAACGGUGGCGCCGACUUCGCCGCCACCGUCGCCAGCGCCGCUGUGCGGCGAAAAGGGUCCGGACAACACUCCUUGGGAGACGCAACGCGGUCAGCGCAUUGUUGCAGGGCAGGCCACCACGCCGUGCGAGUGGAAGUGGCAAGUGUCCCUCGCGGCCUCCUGGGGGCACUUCUGUGGAGGAACACUCAUCGCCCCGAACUGGGUCCUGACAGCUGCUCACUGCGUGGGUAGCUAUAGCUUCUCCAUCGUAGCUGGCAGCUAUAGCAAAUCGUCGACGGACUCGGGUCAGGAGACAUUGCAGGUAAAACAAGUGUUUUCGCAUCCAGACUAUGACAGCUCGACAAUGCGGUACGACUUUGCCCUAGUAGAAUUGGUCGGUGAUGCGUCCUUGAACGAAUGUAUUGGGGUAGCAUGCUUGCCAACUGAGGCUGUCGAUGACGGUGAGGAGUGCUUCAUCACUGGGUGGGGGACCCUUUCCUCUGGAGGGUCGUCUCCUGACUUGAUGCAGGAGGCGCAGGUGAGCAUCAUCAGCAACUCAGACUGCAGCGCGGCCUAUGGCCAAUCGCAGAUUACCGCUGACAUGCUGUGCGCGCAGGGCGUCAACAGCGACGGGGACGUUACCGACGCCUGCCAGGGGGACAGCGGUGGACCGCUCGUUUGUGCCUCUGGCGGCGCAUCCUACGUCUUGCACGGAGCCACGUCGUGGGGCUAUGGGUGUGCAGAUCAACGGUACCCUGGAAUAUGGUCUCGGGUUAGCUACGUGCGGGAUUGGAUCGACGAGUUGAUGGGGGUGACCGGGGCCCCGACCCCAUCAACUCCAGCACCUCCUCCAACGCCUUCUCCUAGCCACAUGUGGGCGGACAUUGUCGGCGAGUGCACGCUCGACGGCGCAUGUGUGCAGAGCGAGAAUUAUCCGCAGCCAUACGGCAACAACCAGAAGUGCACGAUCACGAUCGACGCGUCGAACGCAGCACCGAUCGUCGUCGAAAGUUUUGACGUUGAGUCGUACUUCGACUACCUAGUUGUCGACGGAGGAGCAAGGUAUACUGGAUCUUCAGGUCCCUCUGGGGUCACCCCGGCGGAGAGCGUGCUGUGGUCGUCCGACUUCAGCGUCACGAGGAGUGGAUGGAGAUUCUGCAUGCCGGUGUCAACACCUGCACCCCCUCCGACUGCAGCACCGACGCCUGCACCGACCGCAUCCCCGACAGCAGCGCCGCCGACUGCCGCACCGACGGAAGCACCGACCGCUUCCCCGACCGCGGCACCGACAGCAGCACCGACCGCUUCCCCAACGGCUGCACCAACAGCUGCGCCGACCCUUCCGCCGACUCAUUCGCCGACCGCUGCACCGACGCCCAGUUCUGCGCACAUGUGGGCCGCCAUUUCUGGCCCGUGCACGCUCGACGGCUCAUGCGUGCAGAGCGCGAACUAUCCGCAACCAUACGGCAACAACCAGAAGUGCACGGUCACGAUCGACGCGUCGAACGCAGCACCGAUCGUCGUCGAAAGUUUUGACGUUGAGUCGUACUUCGACUACCUAGUUGUCGACGGAGGAGCAAGGUAUACUGGAUCUUCAGGUCCCUCUGGGGUCACCCCGACAUCCAGUAUCAUGUGGUCGUCCGACUUCAGCGUCACGAGGAGUGGCUGGAAAUUCUGUAUGCCGGUGUCAACACCUGCACCCCCUCCGACUGCAGCACCGACGCCUGCACCGACGGCUGCGCCCGGCUCCGGGAGCAUGUGGGGGGCCAUUUCGGGCCCGUGUGUGCAAGACGGCGCAUGUGUCCAGAGCCCGAACUAUCCGCAGUACUACAGCAACAACCAGCAGUGCACGAUCGAGAUCAACGCGGCGAGUGCAGCACCCAUCAUCGUGGAGUACUUCAACGUGGAGUGGUACUUCGACUACCUCCUGGUCGACGGCUGGAAGACCUUCAGCGGAAGGCGCCGCCGUCCGCAUGGGUUCACCCCGUCGUCCAGCAUCCUGUGGUCCUCCGACUCCAGCGUCACGCGGCGCGGCUGGAGACUGUGCGAGCCCGGUCGCCGCCUCGUGGAGGAGGCGUGGGAGCCCGACGAGCCCGCCUCGGAGCCGGCGGCAGCCUCCGAGCCCACGCAGGCGGAGGUCGAGGCGGACGCGGAGGCGAGGCGGACGGUGCUCGUUUGAGCGCGGCGCCAAGGCGAUCGCGUGGCCGACGCCAGAGAGCAGCUGUCCUCGGCAGCGUGGGCGGUCGAGGUGCGGUGCUCUUGGCCCUGGCCUCUCCCAGAGAGCGGCUGGCUCCUCCUCCGACGUGUCGGCACGCGGAGGAGUCGAUAUGGGGGGAGCUCUUCACAGCGUCGCUCUCGAGGAUGUGUGGGCGCGAGGGUGCCCUGCGCCAAGACGCUGCGGGAGCCGACGCUUCCACACUCAUGGUUUUGUCUCCGCUUGCGCUCGUGCUCUUUUUCCCGCUGGUGCCUGUCGCGCCAGCCAGAUUCACGGAGCAUCGGGUCCAUUUUUUAUUUCUCCCUCCCUCUGUUGCGCGUCUUCGUCUCUUCCUCGUCCUGUGCGGCUCGCAAGCAGUAAUUCUGGAUUUGCAGUUGCUUGCGACGCACGCUCCAUGUCUAGUGCAUGAUGACCUCCAGCUGGGAUGCGAUAACUCUUUAGUUGCUUGCGACGCGCGCUCCAUGAAUAUAGGAUAAUCACCUUUGAAGUACAUGCGUGUGAAAAUGGCCACAGGUUCGCGGACGUCUCAAAUGGAGCAUUCUUAUGAUAUGGUUGUUGGGGAGGAGGCGCGCUGGCGCGUUUUGCAUUUGAUCGCAACGAUGGCGCGUCGAGCCGAGAGUCUAAAGCAUGAGGCAACCUCAC